AGACGCUGCGAUUGAGUGUUGUCUAUACUACAGAUUAGAAUGACGUUAUCGUAGUUAUCACGCAGUGUCGUUGUUGCACCUGCAGGACGAGCGCAUUCGAACCUGCAGUUCUCACCCAAUCAGCGGAUUGUCGUGACGUAUACAUUCGUUCUCUCAGCUCCCUUCCACUAAGCUACUCCAAAACAAUUGUGGAUUCCUGAAUUGCGGCAAGGUUUGUCGCAGAUACUGCCCCUUGCGGCCUUUCUCCGACAAAUUGGAAACCUUCAGCAGCCGAGGAACACCGCGCCAGCUCACGCCAUGUCUACUGCCCACUUAAUUGCAGCGCUUCUGUAUAGCUUCAUUGUCUACUCUCGACCUUAAUAAUGGAGUCACAGCAACAUGUGAGGGUUGCUGUUGUGGGCUCGGGUAUGGCAGGGCUUGUCACAGCCCACCUGCUCAAGCAAGACUGUCGCGAAAGAUACAUGGUGAAAGUGUUUGAGUCGGGCAACACACUCUCCCUCGACUCGGCGUCCGUCUCCAUCUCCAAUGCUGCGCGCACAUCGUCCGACCGCGUCGACCUGCCCAUGCGCGCUUUCGCUGGCGGCUUCUACAGCAAUCUGGGGUCCAUGUACGACUACUUGGGCAUCCAAUAUCAGUCACAACCCUUUCUGUUCGAAUUCGCGCAAUCGAAAUCGCCCUACUUCACGCACGCGUCGAAUCUACAUCAGCUCCCUGCGCGGCUGAAUGGCGUCAGCUUGAUUUCAUACCUGCUCGAAUUCGGGAUUCUCACUCUGUGUUACGUCUACUUCUCGCUCUGCUGCUUCUUCAUAGCUCCGCAUCCAGGCGAGACGCUGAAAGCAUACUUUGAUCGAACAUGGACACCAAAGUACUUCGCAACAUACUACGUCCUUCCGCUCAUCUCGAGUGUAACAACCUGUCCUCACGAAUCGCUGCUUGCGUUUCCUGCUUCUGACCUGACAGAAUACAAACGAAGAACGCACCGAGCACCACACUACACCGUCUCAGAAGGAGUUCGAGCAGUACAGGAUCGUUUGGCAAAGGGCAUACAGUACGAGCUUAACGCUGUGGUUACUGCAGUUGAGCCAAACGAGAAGGGCGUGCAGUUAUCGUGGAGGGGUGCCGACGGACAACAGCGAAUGGAGACGUUCGACAAAGUUGUCUUGGCGGUUGCGCCUGAUGUCGUAGGACAGGUCUUCGGGCCUUUGCAACACUACAUGGCACGCAUACCGACAGCUGUCGUGGAAAGUGUCGUACAUACAGACGAUACUGUAUUGAACCAGGGACAUGAGCAGAAACUAACGGGCAAAUUGAACCACAACGCGCAGUUGAUCCACCUGAACACAUCGACGUCUACGGGGCACAAGACGGAGUCACAUCAUAUCCAGCCGUGCGGUGCGAUCGUUACCACUUGCCCCUUCAGUCCUCUGGAAGAGUCUCGAGUCACUCACUCUGUCAGCUUCACACGCGUUCUUCGAAGCCCACAGAGUCAGCGCAUUGUCAACGCGAUAUUUGGAGAUACCCAGGAGUGCUAUAGUGAUGAGAAGACAGUUCCGCUUUGGAGGAACGGAGAUGACAACGUUUACCUUGUUGGAGGUUGGUGCUGGGAUGGCAUGGUAUUGCUAGAAGGCUGCGUGGUGUCAGCUAUGCGAGUCGCGAAGGCCUUGGACAUAGAAAUACCCUGGAGGUAGCAUCAUGUAUGUCAUGCAUGUGACCAGAAUUGCUGCGUCGUCUUGAACAAUAGAUUGAGGACCUCGGAGCAGCAUUUUCCCAAUUUGAACUAACGUGGUCCACCACCGAGCGGAUCACCCCACCGAGCGAAUCACUCUGCCAAGACCACAACGCUUUCUACUAUCA